AUAACGUGGCACGGUAACUUUUUUAAGUAUUAGCCUAUUAUCCACCCCUGCCCUGAGUUGUAGCAACAAUAAAGAAUGCAUGCCAUGUUUUAUUGGAACAGGCUUCAAAAGCAUUAAACUAUUAUGUGGCACCCUGCUGGAAAAUGCAGCCAACAUUAUUGUGGUAUUUAUCUGGACCAAGCUGGUCAUUUAUGGUAAUUAACUAGUCUAGGUGAUUGAUCAGUUGGACUAUACCAGCGAGUAGGGACAACAUACCCAGCCGUGUAGACAAUCAGUAAAGAUGGAUUGGGAUUAUUGGACCAGUAGCAAACAUUUUAGGACACAGAUCAAAUAAAAAAAACAAAUAAAUUGUAUCACUUUUAAUAGAUGGAAAAAAAAAAUGCUCUGAGGACAUGUUUGUAGUUUUUAUAAUGCAGAAAAUAUGACUAAUGUAAAUACACUUACAUUUGAAAAAUUUCACCAUACUGAAAUUAAAGUUUUUUUGUAUUUUUAUUUUCCUAACUUUGAUGAGUGAACUGUUACUAUGUGGACUGAUUUAAAGACUAUGCAUGUAUGUAUGUAUGUGUGUGUUCAUUUAUUUAUUUAUUUAUUUCAAAUGCUAUGUAUUUAUGUAUGUAUGUAUGUGUUCAUUUAUUUCAAAUGCUGACAAAAUAAAGCCAUGUUGACUUUGGCUAUCGCUUCGAACCACACGGGGACGCUAAAUACUAACAUAAUUUCAGUAAGUUUAGUGAUAAACUGGUUAAUAACUUCAAGCAUCUUUCAACGUGUGCUUGUGGGAGGAACGUGAAAACGGGGUUACAAACCUUUAAAAGAAACAAGAAAUUACUUAAACUUCAAUAUUUACAUACACUGAAUACGUAAGUAGCCCUCACUCGAGGUCUUCGUGGGGUCCCUCAUUUACUACGCUUGCACAGCUGUCGUGUGUAACCAGAGAGCUUGUAGCAGGUAGGUGUCGUGAAGGUGGAGGAGAGGAGGGCCGAUUGUUUUACAGGAUGACUGCCUCCCAUUUUCAGCAGUUCAACGAUGGAACUUGAAGGGAGAAGGACCUGCGUCAAUUUUUGACGGGACAACAGACAAAAACAGUGACAGGAGAAAAGUGGAGCCGACAGCCUUUCCAGCUUGAUCAAAAUGCCUUUUUAUGGACUAUUCGCUCAUUUUUAUAUUUUCAUAACACUUUGGAGAUUAAUUACAGGCGACAUGACUGACUUUUUAUGACAACUCCGCUGGCCACCCAAACAGACUGCUCUCUGAGGAGCGCGUGCGUAAUGGAAUUCUUCUGUAGAAAGAAAAAGAAUUUAAGAACUGCGGUCAGCCUCACUUUGAUUUUUGCCACUUUACUGAUGCUUCAGAAAUUAAUAACAGUGGACACGAAUAUUAAAAGUAUCAAAGUGAAAAACAAAUUUUGUGGCCCCGAAUGUUCGUCAUUAAAAAGAAAAAUCAUAAAGGCCGUUGAAAAUUCAUCUCAGUCAGGCGGGAAUGACUUGGCGCUGGUAGGAAAACCCAUGCCAACAAAAUGGGACGUGUCUAGAAUCAAAUGUAGUGAAAAUUACACGAUAACGGACCAAGGCUGGUUUCGUCGUUUGAACCCAAAGUUCCGUGAAUUUGUACUGAAAAGACAUUGCAGAUACUUCCCAAUGUUGCUGAAUCACCCUGAGAAGUGUAGCGGCGACGUGGAUGUUCUGGUCGUGGUCAAAUCGGUUAUUGAAGAACAUGACCGACGAGAGGCCGUGCGACAGACCUGGGGAAAGGAGCAAGAAAUCCAGGGAUUGAAAAUCAAAACGCUGUUUCUCCUAGGCACUCCUGCCACUGGUAAAGACGCGCGAAAUUUACAAGCCCUGGUCCAAUAUGAAGACCGAACUUACGGGGACAUCUUACAGUGGGACUUCAUGGACACCUUCUUCAAUCUCACCUUAAAGGAGGUGAACUUUCUGAGGUGGUUCAACAUCUACUGCAGUGGGGUUCCCUUCAUCUUCAAAGGGGACGAUGAUGUAUUCGUCCACACCAAGAACCUAAUUGAACUAAUUGGCUUUAGGGUGGAGGAGAACAAGGUGGAAAACCUCAUUGUAGGGGACACCAUUUUAGAAGCCAAACCGAUAAGAAAUCGCCAGAGUAAAUAUUUCAUUCCCAAAGAGUUGUAUGAUAAACGCUAUCCACCUUAUUUGGGUGGAGGAGGAUUUCUCAUGUCCUCUCAGGUGGCCCGAAGGGUCUUCGUGGUUUCUGAGAGCGUGGAACUUUACCCCAUUGAUGAUGUGUUUUUGGGCAUGUGCCUUCAGAAGCUGCACAUCGUCCCCGAGCUGCAUCUGGGCUUCAGGACAUUCGGGAUCAUAAAGCGGAAAGUGACGCCGCUGAACCGGGAGCCGUGCUUUUUCCGCAACCUCAUCGUGGUGCACAAACUCAUUCCGCAGGAGCUGCUGCACAUGUGGAAUCUUGUACAAAACGAGGAAUUGGUCUGCGCCAGACAAGUCGUAAUAUGAAAAGACUAGUAUUUAUAAAGACAGAAAGAAGAUGUUCUUUCAAACGAAGCGUGUUUGCAGAUCUAACUUUUCU